AUGACAAACAUAGAAACUGCUUAUGAAACACCAUUCAUGACAAACAUAGAAACUGCUUAUGAAACUCCAUUCAUGACAAACAUAGAAACAGCAGUUGAAACACCAUUUGGAACAUUCUCUCGAACAAUUUCUGAAACUGCAAUUGAAUAA